AGCUGGCGAGGAUGGACACGCUGCGCCGGAGCCUUUCCCGCUGGAAGAGGUACCACAUCAAGGUGCACUUGGCUGACGAGGACCUGAUGAUGCCCCUGACGGUCAGGCCCAGGGACACAGUGAUGGACCUGCGGGCUCUCCUGGUGCGGGAGGGCGUCACCUCCUGGAAGAAGACAUUUUAUUACAACUCCAGGCAGCUCGAGGAGCACGAGACUCUCAAAGAGGCCAAUAUCCAGAACGGCUCUGUCCUCCUCCUUGUCAGCAAUAAAAGAUAAUGCCAAGGAGCAGAGCCAAAGCCAUGAGACACGGGGAGUGUAACAAGGGCUGAAGGGAAGCAGAUGGAAGAGAGC